AUGCCUCCUAAGCCGAAACCUAAGAAAGCACCACAAGAACCAGAAGAUGAAUUUACUAAGAUGACUGCUUAAGAGCUUACAUAGAAUUUACAAAUAUUCAGAGAUAAGUUAACUGAAUUAAAGCAAAAAAGAAAUUAUAUCCAAAUGGAUCGUGAUAUGGUUCAAAAUUUUUUCUCAAAUUGCUUAUAAGAAAUCUAAGAGCUGAAUAUUAAAAUAGUGAACAAAGAAACUGAAGCCGAAUAAUUAGAGGAGACUCAUAGAAUCCAAUUAAAAAGCUAUUUAUAAAAAGUUAAACAUCUUGAGUAUGAAUAAGAAAAAGCAAAUGAUGAAAUCGAAAAAGAUGGAAAGGAAGCGCAUAAUUUAGAAAACGAUCAUUUUUCUAAGAGAAGUGAUGAAUAGAAAAGAUAAAAAACACAUUUAAAAAAAUUAUAAGAGGAAUAUGAAAAUUCAUAUAUUCAUGCUAUUGAAAAGGAAGAAAAAAACAAUAAAAAAACACUUGAUAAAUCAAAACAAGUUUUUGAUGAAACUUUACAAAAUAUGGAAGAGAAAUAUAAAAUGAGACUUCAAAAACUUAAAGAAGAAUUAGAACUAAGAUUAAAAGUAGAAAUCCACGAACUUGAAGAAAGAAAGAAUCUACACAUCAACGAGUUGAUUAAUAAUCAUGAAACAGCCUUUGCUGAACUUAAACAAUAUUAUAAUACUAUCACUAGAGAGAAUUUAGAACUGAUUAAAAAUUAAAAGGAAGAAAUAGCUAGCAUCAAUGCCAAAUUAUAAAAAAAUAGCAAAAUCAUAGCUGACAUGAAGGCCGCCAACAAUAAUAUUCGAAUCCCCUUGAAAUAAGCUACUGAAGAAAGAGAUAUAUUAAAAAAUGCUCUUAAAUAAUUUUCUAAGCAUAAAAUGUCACUACAAAAUUUACAGUCAAAAAACACUACUUUAACAGAGAAAUAUGCAGAAUUAAAACAUAAUAGCAAUGAUUUAAAUUUUAAGUAUGACAAAUUACUACGUGAAAAAUAAGAAUUGGAAGAAAAAUUUGAAAGAAUUGCUAUGGAAGUUAAAAAACAUACAGAUUUAUAAAAUAAUGUAUUAGGUUAAUAAUUACAAAAUAUGUAAGACGGAUUGGAAGAGAAAGAAGUUUAAUUAAAGACUAUAGUAGAAAGAACCAAUAUGGAUCCCUAAAUGUACUAAUAAUUAACAAUCAAAAUCAAAGAAUCUAUUGAAGCUAAAAACUAAUUAGUCAAGAACCUUAGAUAUUCGAUUCAUCAUGCUACUAAAGCAUACAAUGAUUCAAUUAGAGUCUAUGAGGCAAAAUUAGUGGAAUUUGGUAUUCCACCAGAAGAGCUUGGCUUCUAACCCUUAGCAACAAUCACAAGUUCUAUGCCAGCUGGAUUAGUAAGUUAAUGAUUUUAUAAUUAUACAAUAAUUUCAUUAUCAUCUAACUUAUCGUAA